CAAGCUUCUUCAGGCCACUGAAACCCAACGCUCGCUCUCCUCUCUCUCUGGCGUGCGUGCUGCUGGUAGCAGCCCCCAGGUAAAGCUGCUGCAGAAAUCCUUUCGUGCUCCUUCCUCAGAACACUAAUGGCUUCAGGAUCACAGCUCAGCUUUUAAGAUGGAUAUAAGCUGGACGACCUUCUCAAGGGCUUUAAACUUUGAACUGAAUGUGGACGUUUUUCUCUCAUGACAGAAUCACUCCAACUUCCCCUUUGCAGUUGCUUCUUUUCCUUGAAGGUAGCUGUGUCUUGCUUUCUUUAAAACCCUUUUCCUUCCAAAUUUGCCUGCCAUGCCAACCGCCAUAAGCUCGUCUGUGGCCCCGCAGACAGAGGCAGAGCCCAGGUCCCCGGGGCCAAUUCCCCACCCAGCCCUGGGCAAGGCCACCGAGGCUGGGGGCGGAAACCCAAGUGGCAUCUACUCGGCCAUCAUCAGCCGCAAUUUUCCCAUUAUUGGAGUGAAAGAGAAGAAGUUUGAGCAUCUUCACAAGAAAUGUCUGGAGAAGAAGGUUCUUUAUCUGGAUCCUGAGUUCCCACCGGAUGAGACCUCUCUCUUUUACAGCCAGAAGUUCCCCAUCCAGUUUGUCUGGAGGAGACCUCCGGAAAUUUGUGAGAAUCCCCGGUUCAUCAUUGAUGGAGCCAAUAGAACUGACAUCUGUCAAGGAGAGCUAGGGGACUGCUGGUUUCUCGCAGCUAUUGCUUGCCUGACCCUGAACGAGCGCCUGCUUUUCCGCGUCAUACCCUACGAUCAGAGUUUCACUGAAAACUAUGCGGGGAUCUUCCACUUCCAGUUCUGGCGCUAUGGAGACUGGGUGGACGUGGUUAUUGAUGACUGCCUGCCAACUUACAACAAUCAACUGGUUUUCACCAAAUCCAACCACCGCAAUGAGUUCUGGAGUGCUCUGCUGGAGAAGGCUUAUGCUAAGCUCCAUGGCUCCUAUGAAGCCCUGAAAGGUGGAAACACUACCGAGGCCAUGGAAGACUUCACAGGCGGGGUGACAGAGUUUUUUGAAAUCAAGGAUGCCCCCAGAGACAUGUAUAAGAUCAUGAAGAAAGCCAUCGAGAGAGGCUCCCUCAUGGGCUGCUCCAUUGAUGACGGCACAAACAUGACCUACGGAACCUCUCCUUCUGGGCUGAGAAUGGGGGAAUUGAUUGCACGGAUGGUGAGGAAUAUGGAUAACUCGCUGCUCAGGGACUCAGACCUUCUCCCCAGAGGCUCAGAUGACAGACCGAUGAGGACAAUUGUUCCGGUGCAGUAUGAGACAAGAAUGGCCUGUGGACUAGUCAAAGGCCAUGCCUACUCUGUCACUGGGCUGGAGGAGGCCCUGUUCAAGAAUGAGAAAGUGAAGCUGGUGCGGUUGCGGAACCCCUGGGGCCAGGUGGAAUGGAACGGCUCCUGGAGUGAUGGUUGGAAGGACUGGAGCUUUGUGGACAAAGAAGAGAAGGCCCGUCUGCAGCACCAGGUCACCGAGGAUGGAGAGUUCUGGAUGUCAUAUGACGAUUUCAUCUACCACUUCACGAAGUUGGAGAUUUGUAACCUCACAGCCGAUGCCCUGGAGUCGGACAAGCUUCAGACGUGGACAGUGUCUGUGAACGAGGGCCGCUGGGUGAGGGGCUGCUCUGCUGGCGGCUGCCGCAACUUCCCAGACACUUUCUGGACCAACCCCCAGUACCGCCUGAAGCUGCUGGAGGAGGACGACGACCCUGACGACUCCCAGGUGAUCUGCAGCUUUCUGGUGGCCCUGAUGCAGAAGAACCGACGGAAGGACCGGAAGCUGGGGGCCAACCUCUUCACCAUUGGCUUUGCCAUCUACGAGGUUCCCAAAGAGAUGCACGGGAACAAGCAGCACCUGCAGAAGGACUUCUUCCUGUACAAUGCCUCCAAGGCCCGGAGCAAGACCUACAUCAAUAUGCGGGAGGUGUCCCAGCGCUUCCGCCUGCCUCCCAGCGAGUACGUCAUUGUGCCCUCCACCUACGAACCCCACCAGGAGGGAGAAUUCAUCCUCCGGGUCUUCUCUGAAAAGAGGAACCUCUCUGAGGAAGCUGAAAAUACAAUCUCCGUGGAUCGGCCAGUGAAAAAGAAAAAAACAAAGCCCAUCAUCUUCGUUUCAGACAGAGCAAACAGCAACAAGGAACUGGGUGUGGACCAGGAAUCAGAGGAGGGCAAAGACAAAACAAGCCCUGAUAAGCAAGAGAAAUCCCCGCAGCCACAGCCUGCCGACACCAACCGAGAAAGUGAGGAGCUGCGGCAAUUCCAGAACAUUUUCAGGCAGAUAGCAGGAGAUGACAUGGAGAUCUGUGCAGAUGAGCUCAAGAAUAUCCUCAACACAGUUGUGAACAAACAUAAGGACCUGAAGACACAAGGAUUCAUGCUGGAGUCUUGCCGCAGCAUGAUUGCUCUCAUGGACACAGAUGGCUCUGGGAGGCUAAACCUGCAGGAGUUCCAUCACCUCUGGGAGAAGAUCAAAGCCUGGCAGAAAAUCUUCAAACACUAUGACACAGACCAAUCCGGCACCAUCAACAGCUAUGAGAUGAGAAAUGCAGUCAAUGAUGCAGGAUUCCACCUCAACAGCCAGCUCUAUGACAUCAUAACCAUGCGCUACGCUGACAGACACAUGAACAUCGACUUUGACAGCUUCAUCUGCUGCUUCGUCAGGCUGGAGGGCAUGUUCAGAGCUUUUAAUGCAUUUGACAAGGAUGGAGACGGUAUCAUCAAACUCAACGUUCUUGAGUGGCUGCAGCUCACCAUGUACGCCUGAAACAAGCUGGCCUCAUCGAAGACCAUGCAGGAUCACUCAGGAUUUCAAUUUCACCCAGUAUAGCUAGAGCCACUUACCUCCAAAGACCUAGUAGCUGCCUCCCCAGCAGACCUCCAGGCACCUCACAGGUCUUGUUCCUCCUCUACUUCAUGCUCCACUCAGCUUCAGGGCAUCUGUCCAUCUGUCAUGCCCACACUGAACUUUUAAUUAAGGAAUGAGAUAGGGAGAACAACUUUGUCCCUUUGUGACAUGGAGGCAAGUGUCUGUGUCAGCUAGUUACAGCCCAGCUAAGAGGUUUGCUCAGAAACUGAGUGGCCUUGGCUCUGAAGCACAUGCUCUCCUUUGCUUGCCUCAGGCUGACCACAGAAGCAUUUGCCGAUGGCAAUCAGCACCUCCUUGUGCUAGAGCCCUCUAUCUCCUCUUUGACCUCCCACCCAUGGAACAGUAACCAAACUAAUACUUGCUUCUGAUUGUUUCAGCAUGGACCUGCUCCAGGGUAGACUAGCUCAGUGGAAGAGGGCUGGGUACUUUGGGUUGUCUGACUCAUAAAUGUGGCUGCAUUAUAAAAAGAGUUAAUCUAAAUAAAGGCAUGUGUAUGGC